AAUUUUUAAACAUUUUUAACAAUUUUUAACAUUUUUUCCGUGACAAAAAAGGUGCUAAGAAUGCAUUUGCUACUUCCGCCGUCGUUCUCCUUGGAAAAGUAGUGUGAAAAAAGGGAAAGAAAUUUAGGUUACCGCAAUAAGCCGGAGUGCGAGAAGAUUCACAAAAAGACCGGGCAGAAAUAAGGACAGAGUUAGUUUACGAAAGCCCAGGAAGUCGGAUUAAAUAACCAAACUGCGAUAAAUCCUCACCGGAGAAGAAAAAGAAGACCAUGCUCCCGCGGGAAGCGAAAAAGCAUUUUAGAAUAUAAACAAAAUUACCACCCUAAAAGCUACUGGCCAGCUGUUACGCGAUGGACGACGUGUUUUUCGCCUGUACGGAUGAGGAGUUGUCCACCCACGAAGUUCAAAUCAACCGGAAACUCGACGUUAUCGCUCAGAAAAUUGCCCGGCUUAAGGAGCAGAAACAGCAGCUCCUAAAAUGCAAGGAAACGAUACAGAACUUACUCAUCCGGCGCCAGUCGGAUCAACUGCAGCAACACGAUUGGGAUAAGGAGAGUUUCGACUGGUCGGGCAAGGUGCGGAAAACUCUCUCGGAGGUGUUUCACUUGCAGGAUUUUCGUCCUCAGCAGCUACGCACGAUCAACGCACUGCUUGCCGGACACGACGUGCUCCUGCUAGCCCCGACCGGUGGUGGCAAAAGUCUGUGCUUCCAACUGCCGGCCUUGAUUACCCCAGGCCUGACGGUCGUCAUUUCACCGCUAGUUUCACUCAUGGAAGACCAGGUGUGGUCUCUGCAAAAGCUGAAUAUAGCCGCAAAGCUGCUGUGCAGCACCACCGAACGAUCGGAAGCGAAUGAAAUACUGCGAUCGAUGGCCAACCCCUCACAGAGUACCGUUAAGCUGCUGUACGUAACCCCGGAGAGGAUGUCCAAAAGCAAACGAUUUAUGUCUGCGUUACAAAAGUGUUUUAGCAAUGGACAACUCGAUCGAUUCGCGAUAGACGAAGUGCACUGUUGUUCACAGUGGGGCCACGACUUCCGCCCCGACUACAAAUAUCUCGGUGUGCUGAAGGAACUGUUCCCGAAGAUUCCGGUUCUCGGUGUCACGGCAACGGCAACGGCUGCUGUGAUCAAGGAUGUACAGAAAAUGCUACGCAUUCCGAACUCGAUCCUGUUCGUGGCAUCAUUCAACCGGCCCAAUCUCUACUAUCAUGUGCUGGAAAAGCCACUAUCCAAAAAGGAUCAAUACGAGGUACUGGAGUCACUGCUGGAGAAACGGUUCCAUAAGCAGAGCGGUAUCGUGUACACGUUCUCGAUCAAGGAUGCCGAGGAGAUAAGCGAGGAGCUGCGUGAACGGGGGCUCAAGGUGGCACCCUAUCAUGCCACUCUGCCCGCGGCCGAGCGGACGAAAAUCCAUCAACUUUGGAUCGCCAAUCGGUUACAGGCGGUCAUUGCGACCGUUGCCUUUGGUAUGGGCAUUGACAAGCCGGAUGUGCGCUUCGUCAUACACCAUACGCUGAGCAAAAGCAUGGAAAACUUUUAUCAAGAAACCGGCCGAGCCGGGCGCGAUGGUCAACCGGCGGACUGCAUUUUACUGUAUCACUUCUCGGACAUGUUUCGCAUCUCGACGAUGAUGUUUUCCGAGUACACGGGCCUACAGAAUGCGUACGCCAUGGUGGACUACUGCAUCAAUAGAAGCGACUGCCGAAGGAAACUCAUUUCACAGCACUUCUCCGAAGUGUGGGGUCCGUCUGACUGCCAAGCGAUGUGUGAUCGGUGUGUAAACUUUGAACAUGCCCUGCUGCCAGAGAUGAACGUCCUGCCAGAUUUGAAACAGCUAGUGAUGAUUUUGGAAAACGCCGAAAAACACAAAACUAAAAUGACGGCUCUGCGGUUAGUUGAUGCGUGGUUUCACAAGGGUCCGACCAAGCUACGGUUAGACUCUCCACCUCCUAUCAUUGAUCGCGAUGUAGGAGAGCAGAUUGUAGCAUUCUUGAUAUUGAAAAACUAUUUAAAAGUGGAUUUUGUGUACACACCACACACAACACUCGCCUACAUUAAGCCUAGCGCACCACCAGAUGAGGAAGAGCGACUGCUUUUCCGUGCAGGAAAGUUGUACAGUCUGUCCAACCGUACCGGUGACAAGCUGCCGGCCAGACGCACCAAGCUAUCGUUUGCUGAACUGCGGAGUAGUGAUGAUGAUGGUAAUGAUGAUAAUGAUCGUGACGAUUCAACGGCUCCCAGUAAACGACGCAAGAGCGAUGCGCAAUCUCCACCGCCUGCUGUGGUUAAUGGGUCUAACCAGGAGUCCAAUGAAUCCAUUUUAAUUGAUGAUGCAGAUGAGGAGGACGUCAUUAUGCUGGAGCAGGAUGUAAUAGAAAUAGAUGGUGACUAGUUCGGGCAGAGGUUCGUUCCGAGCUGUUUCGUUAUCUGAUUUGUUUUAUUCGAUUGUUCAUCUGUCGAU